AUGGCCGCCCUCACAGACUUUGCUUUUAUGUACCGUUGGUUUAAAAAUUGCAAUCUGGUGAAAAACCUCUCUGAGAAGUAUGUCUUCAUCACUGGCUGUGACUCUGGCUUUGGGAACCUGUUGGCCAGACAGCUGGUUGAUAGGGGCAUGAAAGUGCUUGCUGCCUGCCUCACGGAGGAGGGGGCUCAGAAACUCCUGCAGGACACCUCCUACCAGCUACAGAUCUUCCUCCUAGAUGUCACCAAGUCGGAGAGCGUCAAGGCAGCAGCCCAGUGGGUGAGGGACCAAGUGGGCGAGCAAGGCCUCUGGGCCCUGGUGAACAAUGCUGGAGUGGGCCUGCCCAGUGGUCCCAACGAAUGGUUGACCAAGGAAGACUUUGUGAAAGUGAUCAACAUAAACCUGGUGGGGUUGAUUGAUGUCACAUUGAACAUGCUGCCGAUGAUCAAGAAAGCCCGGGGCAGGGUGGUCAACAUGUCCAGCUCUGGUGGCCGCGUGGCUGUCAUCGGUGGUGGUUACUGUGUCUCCAAGUUUGGCGUGGAAGCCUUCUCUGAUAGCAUCAGGCGAGAGCUUCAUUUCUUCGGGGUGAAGGUCAGCAUCAUCGAGCCAGGAAACUACAAGACAUCCAUUCUGGGCCAAGAAGCUCUGCAAUCACGCAUGAAAAAGCUGUGGGAUCGGCUGCCACAGGAGACCCGAGAUAGCUACGGAGAGGAGUAUUUCCAAACCUACACUGACAAGUUGGUUAACUUGAUGCGGACGGCAGAACCAAGGAUCAGCGAUGUCACCAACAGCAUGGAGCACGCCAUUGUCUCCCGGAGCCCCCGCAUCCGCUACAACCCUGGGCUGGAUGUCAAGCUUCUCUAUAUCCCCCUGUCUAAGUUGCCCACCCCCGUGACUGAUUUCAUCCUUAGCAGAUACUUGCCAAAGCCAGCAGAUAGUGUUUGAGCUGGCAAGCUCAAGGAGGAGCCGUUAGGGCAUAGGGGAGAGGGCAAAGGACCAUGGGAUCAUGAGAGGUGGGCAGAGAACAGCAUGCUGGGCUCAUUCCCACUGCAGACUGAAGUCUCCUCCCAUCUGCUGGGGCCUCAAGAAACCUGAUGAGGCCCCUGCUGAUUUAGAGGGUUGCAGCAUAGGCCCCAAGACACCUAUCACCAAGGCAGGUACUUGUGGUCCUUGGCCUGGAAAGGUCGAGAAGAAAGCUGACUUCUACUGAAUGACAAGCUGUCACCACCUCUGCAAAACACCUUGGGACAAUCUAGCCCACAGGAGAAUCCCGGCCCCCUCCCCCACAGCUCUCUAAGCAGGCGCUGGUUUGUGUAUAUAUGAAAUACGUAACGUGGCAGCAAGAACUGCCAGGGCAUAUCCAGAGAAGGUUUUAAGUAGUUUUUUUUUCUUUGCAUUUCUCUAUCUGUAGGUGACCGGGGUCCAUAUAACACUUGAUUCUUUAAUCACCACUGGUUAAUGUUUCAGGUAUUUAUUGAGCACUUACUACCUACCAGCACCAAAGCACUCGCUGGAGGUAUGUGAGGAUGAUGAAGUCAUGAACUUG